GCUGACUACGAGUCACCAACCAGCCUUGAAAGACAAUAGGGAAGCUGUAUUCUCCUUAGCAGUACUGGUCCAGCUAUCUUCACAUUCUGCCACAUAAGCAGCCACCAAUUCACUUGGAGACAGUUCCAUAGUUGCCAAGAGAUCACUGUCACCGUGAUAAUGGCCAGAAAGCAUGCCAAGCGGCAGCUUGGAGGUUUGGCUGCAGGCACCAUAGCAUGGUUCCUUUGUAUUGUCUCUAUGAGCCUCCCUCAAUGGCGAGUGUGGCUCUUUCAAGAUCCUAUGGAUUCUAAACCCGGCAUGACCUUAGUAGGUAUGUGGAAAACCUGCGUUUACCACCAGGAAAGCAAUUCCACAUUUAACAGAAUGUGUUACAAAUACACCUACCAGGACGACUUCAUCCCUCUGGAUAUUCGAGUUGCCCAACAUCUGCUACUCAUUGCAAGCCUUCUUGGCAUUAUUGCCACAAUCUCUGUUACCAUUGCUCUUUGGAAAUUGUACUCAGGGAGACUUCGGAAGAAAGCCACCUUCAACCCAUUCCGCCUUCCAGGGAUUCUGAACACCAUUGCUAGCAGCUUUGUCUUCCUUUCCAUCUUGUACAAUUAUUUAUCAAUCAUUCGCAAGGCUGGGAUUGACUUCCCCCCAUCUUUCGACACACCCUCCUUCCCAGAUGAUCAAAAAGUUGGCACUGCACUGGCAAUGGCAACUCUAUCCUGUUUCUUAUUUCUAAUAGGUGGCAUAAUUCCCCUUUCUUUCACUCUUCCUCCACGUUACUGAAUGUGCUAUAAUAUUUAAAAGUAAAU